UUCGAAUUUCGUUACCAACACGUGACACUCAAGUAAACUCGUAACUCAUCACAUAAAAAAGAAACAAAAACAAAAACAUUGAUUCAAUUCAUUAUUAACAUACUUAAUAACUUCAUCUCUCGUUACUUUUCCUUCUCUCGUUCCUAAUUUUCCUCUCUAAAUUUAUUUUUUUUAUUUUUUAUUUAUUUCACAUUGCAAGAAUUUUUAUUUUUUCAGAUACUUUUAUUUUUUAAUAACCUCUUCUAACAGGUUACAGAUCGCACUUUCUUCUUUCUUUCGUUCUUCAAUCUCAAUUUUUCUGCGAUUGCUCGAUCCAUCUCUGAAUUGAAUUUCGCCGACAUUUUCAUAGUUUACUCCAAAUCUUUGAAUUGUUUUUUUGUUUUGUCGCUGGUUUUCUUAUUUUCAACUACUCUGUUUCUCGGAAUUCAAUUUCGUUUUCAAUUAGGGUUUAUCUUCGGUUUCUCUGAAGCUUUUGAUUAAUGCGAAUUUUUUAGAAUUUGGUUAUUCGUUCUUUCUUUUGAGAAUGAUAAUUAAAAAGAAUCUCAAAUCCGAAAUGCCGACUCGGAAACGGGAGAGACUCGGUAACUCGGAGGGGGACGAGUCAAGGUUGACUCAGAAAAACAAAAAGAAGAAAUUUAAUGGGAAUUAUCCGUUGAAUCUUCUCGCCGGUGCAAUUCCCGCUAGCUUUACUGGAUUACUCGGUGCCACCGUUGCAACCACCGUGGCGUCAUCGGAUAACGGGUUUUCGUUGGAUAAUGGAAAACCUGGUGUUAAGAAUGCGGCGAACCGGCCGCCGCUGGUGAGGACUUCCCGGGGACGGCUUCAGGUGUUGCCGUCGCGGUUUAAUGAUUCUGUUAUUGUGAAUUGGAGGAAGGAAGGAAGGAACAACAACAACGCCGCCACAGAUACUAGCUUUCGGGAAUUUGAAUUUGAUGAAUUUGGUUUCAGAAAUUGUGCUGGAAAGGGGAAGAACGGGAAUGGGAAUGGGACGGCUGCUGGCGGCCGCAACCGGCCUCGCGGGUAUUCGGUUUUGUGUGAGGAGGUGUUGCAUAAGAAUUUCGGUGUUGCUGCUGGCAAGGAAUUGAGUUUGCGUGAGAUUUUUGAAGAAACGAAGUUGAAUAAUGAAGUUUUGAAGAAGGAGGAGAAGAAGAAAGAGGGGUUGUUUGGACCAGAAGAUUUUUAUGCAGGUGAUAUAGUGUGGGCUAAGGCUAAGAAGAAGGAACCUUUUUGGCCUGCAAUUGUCAUUGAUCCUAUUUAUCAAGCACCUGAGCUGGUUUUGAGAUCAUGUAUACCUGAUGCUGCUUGUGUCAUGUUUCUUGGCUACUCUGGGAAUGAAAACCACAGGGAUUUUGCAUGGGUGACAUAUGGAAUGAUUUUUCCAUUUGUGGAUUAUGUAGACAGGUUUCAAGAGCAGUCUGAGUUGAGUUACUGUAAUUCCUCUCAAUUUCAAGUGGCGAUUGAGGAAGCGUUUUUGGCUGAUCAGGGGUUUGUAGAGAACUUGAAAGAAGAUUUAGAUGCAGUGGCUGGUAAUAAUGGUUGUAGUAAUAGCUCUAUUCUUAAAGUCUUUCAGAAUGUAGCUGCUUCAAAUAAGAAUGCGGGUGGUCCUGUUCAGAAGAAGGAUUUAUUUGAAAAAGAGAAAAAUGCGCGACUUUGUGCAGAAUGUGGAUUGGACGUUCCUCUCAGUAUGUCAAAGAAAAGAAAGGAUUUGACUCCUAGUGGUCAACUCCUAUGCAAAUCAUGUGCCAGGUUAACAAAAUCAAAACAUUAUUGUGGCAUAUGUAAGAAAGUUUGGAAUCAAUCGGAUAGCGGAAGCUGGGUCCGUUGUGAUGGAUGUAAAGUGUGGGUGCAUGCUGAAUGCGACAAAAUCUCCAGCAUCCUUUUCAAGAAUCUUGGAAGCACGGAUUAUUUCUGCCCUGCUUGCAAAGUGAAGUUUAAUUUUGAGUUAUCGGAUUCAGAAAAAUCAAAUAAAAAAGUCAAAUGGAACAAAAACAAUGGGAAGCUAGGACUUCCAAAAAAGGUCAACGUUCUCUGCAAUAGUGUGGAAGGCAUAUAUUUUCCAAGCCUUCACUUAGUUACGUGCAAGUGUGGUUUGUGUGAGACUGAAAAGCAAGCACUUAGUGAAUGGGAGCGCCACACAGGUUCCAAAUUUAGAAACUGGAGAACAAGUAUUCGGAUUAAAGGAUCCAUGAUAUCACUGGAACAAUGGAUGCUGCAGUUGGCUGAAUUUCAUGCUAAAGCUGUAGUUUAUGUCAAACCUAAAAGACCAUCCACAAAAGAAAGAAAACAGAAAUUGCUUAACUUUCUGCAAGACAAGUAUGAACCUGUUUGUGCUAAGUGGACUACAGAACGAUGUGCUGUAUGUAGAUGGGUUGAAGAUUGGGACUACAACAAAAUUAUCAUCUGUGUCAGAUGUCAAAUAGCCGUUCAUCAAGAAUGCUAUGGAGCAAGAAAUGUUCGAGACUUUACAUCAUGGGUUUGUAAAGCUUGUGAAACACCAGACAUCACGCGAGAGUGUUGUCUUUGUCCUGUAAAAGGUGGUGCUCUAAAGCCUACUGAUGUUGAUCCAUUAUGGGUUCAUGUCACAUGUGCCUGGUUUCGACCUGAAGUAUCUUUUGCAAGUGAUGAGAAAAUGGAGCCUGCUUUGGGUAUCUUAAGUAUUCCAUCGAACUCUUUCGUGAAGAUUUGUGUUAUUUGUAAGCAAAUCCAUGGCUCGUGCACUCAAUGUUGCAAGUGUUCCACUUAUUACCAUGCCAUGUGUGCAUCAAGGGCCGGUUAUCGCAUGGAGUUGCAUUGUUCGGAGAAAAAUGGUAAACAGACAACAAGAAUGAUUUCUUAUUGUGCUUAUCACAGGGCUCCCAAUCCAGACACCGUUUUGAUUAUACAAACUCCUCAUGGGGUCAUUUCAACUAAAAUCCUUAUCCAAAAAAAGAGAAAAGUCGGGUCAAGAUUAAUUUCAUCGAACAGAAUAAAGGAAGAAGACACUCCUCUAGCAGAUAAGACAGAAGAUGAUCCAUUUUCUGCUGCUAGGUGCCGAAUCUUUGUAAGAAUAAACCGCACAAAAAAGAGAGCAGCAGAUGAAGCCGUUCCUCAUAAAGUGAGGGGUCACUGUCAUCAUCCUCUAGAUGCAAUUCAGAGAUUAAGUCCAUGCAAAGUGGUAGACGAGUCUCGAACAUUUUCAUCAUUUAAGGAACGCCUUCAUCACCUACAGAGAACCGAAAAUGAACGAGUGUGCUUCGGUAGAUCAGGCAUACAUGGAUGGGGCCUAUUUGCACGAAGAGUUAUUCAAGAAGGAGAAAUGGUCCUUGAAUAUCGUGGCGAACAAGUACGGCGCAGCAUUGCAGACCUGAGGGAAGCACGUUAUAAAUUAGAAAGGAAAGACUGCUAUCUUUUCAAAAUAAGUGAAGAAGUGGUCGUUGAUGCAACCGAUAAGGGAAAUAUAGCGCGGCUAAUUAACCAUUCUUGUAUGCCAAAUUGCUAUGCAAGAAUCAUGUGUGUGGGUCAUGACGAGAGCCGGAUCGCACUCAUUGCCAAAACUAAAGUAUCUGCUGGCGAUGAGCUAACGUAUGACUACUUGUUUGAUCCUGAUGAGCCAGAUGAAUUUAAAGUUCCAUGUUUAUGUAAAGCUCCAAACUGCAGGAAAUUCAUGAAUUAGGAUAUGAUUAUUCAGAUUAUGAUGACAAUUAUUGUUUCUCCACAAGGAGCACUAACCCUUCACAUCAUCAAUGGGAACCUCACAGCUAUACUCAAGCUGUAAUUUUAAUCAAAGCAAUAAGAAAAAAUAUAGAAAAUAAUAGCUGUGGCAGUUUUUCUUUUUGCCCUCAAAUGGUUUCUUAGAGUUUAGCUCUUUUACAUUCAUCAAAGCAUUGUAUAGGUUUAGCAGCUUUUGGCUUUUGGAGUCUUUGUAAAUGUGUUAGAAAUAUUACCUUAUUUUCUUAAUUUAAUGCUAAUUUAUUAUUUCAUGCCUCA